GAGCACAGAGUAUCGCUCAGCUCCGCCGGUUUUGGUCUGAUGUGUUGCUGCUGCUCGGAGCUAACUCCAACUGUACAUGUGUGGCUAAAACCUUUCUCUUUGUACAGGCGCUUAUCUUUUUUUAAUGUCCUGGUAUUUCUAAAACUGGUAAGUUUAAAUAAUUAAAAUAAUCCUGUGUUUGAGUACAAGAAUGUUUUGUGUAUGAGAGGACAGCUGUAGAGCUGCUGUGUUAGCAUUAGCCAACGUUAGCUAAGUUAGUCUUCACAGAGUGUCAGGCCCACAGGCUGCUGCAGCUGGAUAACCAUCUGAUUUAUUCAAGCUCAGACUUCACCUUUCAGAGCAGCGGCACCACAUGAAUCCACAGUAAUUUUGCUGGUUUAUUUGCAGGAAACAGAGUCUGUGACGGGCAGCUAUGUCUCUGUACGAUGACCUCGGUGUGGGGGCCAGUGACACCAAAACAGAGGGCUGGUCCAAAAACUUCAAACUGCUGCAGUCCCAGCUCAAGGUGAAGAAAGCUGCUCUGACCCAAGCCAAGGUAAGUCUCAUGGUUUUCUCUAGAUAGCUGUUGUGGCAUGUUUUAGGUUUAACUUCUUAAUAAGACACCAAACACAGUCAGAACAAAAGAGUCCUCCAGAUCUGCAGAGGUUUCUGAUCAGUGUCUUCAUUGUCCUUUACAGACCCAGCGGAUGAAGCAGACCACUGUGUUGGCUCCAGUCAUCGAUCUGAAGAGAGGAAGCUCCGGGGAUGACAGACAGAUCUCAGACACUCCUCCACAUGCUGCAGCUGGGCUUAAGGUCUGUCUCAACCACUGAACCUGCUCUCAAAGUUUUGUAAUAAGCAACCACACUACUACUGAAUUUCAACAGCAUAGACUUAAAGUUUUCACUCUAAUUUAACCCAUUAAGACCUGAACCCUGUCUGAGCCACGCCUCUGAAAUCCUGAGGGCCAUUUUGAGAAGGGCCCCCAGAUCCUGAGGUUUUCUGAAGAGUUGAGGUUUACAAAAAAGCUGAUAUCUCGGCCUCUGUAGCAGAUGACACUUCUCCGCCGAAGCUGCUCUCUGCUUCCAUUAUUUACUUUCCUCACAAAGCGCGAUGCAAGACCCAAGCAUGAAUCUGUUUGCUUAAUUAAGCUUUAUUAGCCUAUCAGAUUCAAAUGUUUGAAAAACUACAGAAUGUUACAAAACGACGUAUCCGUGCUCCCAGUUGAAAGGGUAGAAAUGCGUACAUGGUUCUCCCCGCUUGGAAGGUUGAAAUGCAUUCAUGCUGUCCAGGUUUAAAUAGGUCGAUAACUUCUCAGCCACAUGCCGUCCCUGUCCCACUCAUGAAUUAAAGACGCUCGCUCUUUGUUUGUUUGUUUUCCAGGAUGCAGUACCCAGCGGCUUCUCCUCUGGUGAUGUGCUGAUCCCGUUGGCAGAUGAGUACGAUCCCAUGUUCCCCAACGACUACGAGAAGGUGGUGAAGCGACACCGAGAAGAACGACAGCGGCAGAGGGAGCAGGAGCGACAGAAGGAGAUAGAGGAGAGGGAAAAGUAUGAUCAUGACAACACACCUCUCACAUUGCAGUGUAAACCAAAAGAAGAGCUUGAACUCGAGGGGGUGAUUUCUAAGAGGUGCAAAACCUGGAAUUUAUGCACUGUCCCUUUAAAUACAAGAAAUUAUUGAACAAAUUUGCUUGUAGCUGUGAAAAACACUUCAGGGUAGAGUAAUCAUAAAAAUCCCUUCCAACGUUGAAGUGAUAGUGGACUGUGCCGGGCGUCUACAUGAACACCAGACUCCUCUUAUGAUCUGAAACUUCUUGUGACGCAGGAAGAGGAAAGAUCGGCAUGAAAGCGGAGCGCCUAGCGGUUUUUCUCGUUUCCCUACAGCCGAGGGUGACUCAGACGAGGACGAAGACUACGAGAAAGAGCGAAGGAAAAGAAGUGAGUUUACAUCUGCUGUGCCUGUAGUAAUGCAUCCCAUGUUGGGACAUUUUUCCUGUUUUUCCACUUUGCCAGUCAGUGUGAUUUUUGAAAAAUCCCCAAAAUGAUCAAAAUUUAGAUGGUUGCUAAAAAAAUAAGUCAUUCCUACUUGGCAUCAGAGUUGGAGCUUGAAGUCCAGCCUUGCCCAGAUAAAUGAGACAUUAUUUCUUGCAAGUUAGUCUUUCACUUUUCAUUUAGUUGACAUGUCUAAGUCAAGAAAAACUGACUAUUUCAACCUAGAAUAGCGGCUUAACUCCAUUGGGGACCAACAGGAGACCCUAAACUUUAUGACUUUUGCUCUCUAACACAAUUGAACAACUGCGUUUCUCUUUCACAGGUAUGGGCGGUGCAGCUAUUGCCCCUCCAUCUUCACUAGUUGACAGAGAUGGUAAGUCUUCUGAGCCACCAGUUUGUGUGAAUUUGUGGGAGUUAAAAAUGAAAAAUACAGCAGUGAAGGAAGAGCAAGGACUCUUGCCUCUGUUUAGAACGACUAAACUCUUCUUCAGUCCAAUUCUGUGUUUAUUUUCUUUCCUUUUUGUUACUGACACUUGAUUUACUUACUGACAAACUAGGAGAGACUCUGUUCAUGACUGUAGUUGUAAGUUUGAAGUGUGUCAUUAGAGGGCAGCAAAGUCUUACUCAUGAGACGACAGUGUGUCUGUUAUAGUGUCAGUGUUGUUGUAACUGCGGCCCUUCAGUAACCUGUUCACCUUUUUAGGCUCUUCUUCUUCUUCAUACUCUUAUGAAGACGAAGGUCGUCCUUCCAGAGGUUCAAAGGCCGCCAUCCCCCCUCCCAUGUAUGAGGACGCAGACCGUCCACGUUCCCCGCCCGGACCAACCAGCUCCUUCCUGGCUAAUAUGGGGUGAGAAAGACACUCAAAACUAAUAUUUCUAAUCACUUCUCACACUUAUCUCAGACAAAUAGAAAGGGGUAUUAUAUUCAUUUUUCUGUUGGGUUGAUAUUUUUAGGUAGGUAGCAGUUUUUAGACAUUGAUAACCUCCAAGUUUUUUUUAAAACAUCUGUGCAGAUGUUUUGGAUAAACAGCUUUAGUGUUGCAACAUUUCACACUUUGAUAUCUACUCCUGCAGAGGUACGGUGGCACAUAAGAUCAUGCAGAAGUACGGCUUCAAAGAGGGUCAGGGCCUGGGGAAGCACGAGCAGGGCCUCAGCACGGCGCUGUCAGUGGAGAAGACCAGCAAGAGAGGCGGGAAGAUCAUCAUCGGCGACGCUGCAGAAAAACGUAAGAACACCUGUAUCGUGUUUCUGUUGUUUCGCUGUGGUCCCUCCUCUCUCGUGAUCUGUGUCCCAGGUGCCGUUUGUCAUUGUGAGCUUUUUUGUCUUCUCAUCGUGCUUCCAUUCAAGAUCUUUUUAUCUUUGUACUGCAUGUCGGCUUUCUGCGUGUGUGUUUUUGUCUUCGUGUUUGAAGUCUCUGUGUGUGUUUUUGCUCAUUCGUCGAGAAAUAUACCAUCAUUCCUGAAUCAGUGCGAUGUUUUACUGUGAUUUUGAAUGCACAUUUGUGUUUUUCAUUUUGUGUAUGCGUGUGUGUGUGUUUGUAUGACUGAGCAGCAGGGUCCAGCCAGUCAGGUGCAGCUGAAGCGCCAAGCGGAGGCUCUGCAGGUUGGCCUCCAUCUUGUUCUCUCUCUCCUCCUCAUAGAGUGUGCUCCUCUCUUAAUCUUCUAUCGUAGAAGAGAGUAUGUGUGUGUUUUUUGCAUGGCUUUCAUUUAUCUGCUGUUUUAAAACAUACCCAGGUAAAAGUUUGCAUGGUUUUCCUGCUCAGUGUUGGCUCCUCACAUACUUUUCCAUUCCUGUUUUACGCUGCAUGCCCAUCUCUAGCAGCUGUGUGCUCUGUAGACUUGCCUGCUCCUCCUUAACCUUAGACUGUUUUAAACCUUAAAUUAACACUGCAAAUGUAGUCCACUCAGCUUCAUAAUAGAGUGGCAAAACUCCUCUAAUUUAACCUCCAACUAGAAGACAAGGAUCCCUUUUUGCUUAAAUGUCAGCUUUCUCACUUUGUGAUUGGAACCCACUCUGUUUAAAGCUCCAGUUAUCAGCACCAAGAUGUGUCAGUGUACAAAAGCGAGUGAUGAAAUGAAGUGAAACAAAGUGUGGGGGUAGUUUUGGGUUCAGACUGAGAACAGCAGUCUUGAAACUUCAGGUCUUCCUGUUUACAGCUCUGCUUUUGGCCACUGCUCAGAAAAACUCGUCGUAUUCUCCAAAUCAGCAUGAAUCAUCGUUUUCUGUUCUUGAUAAAGCGAGCACUUGUCCUGGAAGAAUCUGUCUCUCUGUCAGAGGACUGUUUGAAACAAUCAGAUUGAAUAAGAAGGUUGCACGUGAAUAAGCACACUCUUAGUGUUCUUUGAGAAGGACGUUUUGCAUCCAUCUUUUAACUAACUCUCCAGUCGUAUUGCACAUGAUUGACCAGGGCUUGACACAAACUUUUUUCACAAGGAGCACAUGUUCUCCUAAGUUGAAAAAGUAAGGAGCACAAAGACCUUAAGGGGCACAAUGAACAUCUCUUGGUCACAUGACAUGGAAGCUAUUGAGGAAAAUAUUCAAAAUUUGCCUUUAAAUUAAACACAAAAUAUUAGAGGAAAAAUUAGGGAAUUAAAGACGUGUGUCUAAUUGGUCGACAUAAGUACUAUUAUCUGAAAUCAAGUUUAGGUCAAUUGGUCAUGUGACACCGGUAGAUCCGCAGUGAAUGUCCAAAUAGCCAACCCAAAACUAACUUCACAGCGGUAUUUACAUGAAAAAACAUUUGUUGCCUUAGCUGAUUUAUUUUUAUGCGCACAUGUCCCUAAAUACAUUUUAAAAUCCGCACACAUCUAUUUUUAGUCUUUGAGUGACACGGUCGCACUGUCGAGCCCUGUUGACCCAUUUAAAAUGGUUUCAGGAGCUUAAAAAAGCUUCAAAUUUGACCAAAAAAAGGGUUUCAAUUCAGAUCAGAAAAGAGAGCAAUAAUUUCUCAACAAAAGACUCGCUCUUUUGUUGAACUGAACAUGUGCAAUACAAUGAAACUCACCUUUUGUUGCUUCAUCCAGUUCAGCUGCAGACUGCUGCAAUUCUUUAGAGGAGGGGGGAAAAACCUGACCUAUUUCUCUCUUUCUAUCCAAGCAGCAGAUUCGUCCAAGAAGUCAGAGGCCAACCCGCUUACAGAGAUCCUCAAAAACCCCACCAAAGUGGUCCUGCUGAGGGUAUGUCUGCACAUGCAGUUAUUAAAUAAUCCUCCUAUUACAGAAACAGUGAUCGUGGCAAGAAAUUGUUAAAAUCAUGUGCUUAUCUUCUAAUCUGGAUUUGUCUUUAGAACAUGGUGGGCCGAGGAGAGGUGGAUGAAGACCUGGAGGGGGAGACAAAAGAGGAGUGUGAGAAAUACGGCAAAGUGGUGAAAUGUGUCAUUUUUGAGGUGAGAGUCUGUAAAAGGGUAAAGGGGUUUGGGGCUCCUGAGGUGAAAAGCACAUUUGUGAGCAGUUACAAAAAUAAAACACAUCUUCUCCUCAGAUCGCAGAGGUGUUGGAUGAUGAAGCGGUCCGGAUAUUCCUGGAGUUUGAGAGGGUGGAGUCAGCCAUCAAAGGUCAGUGUCAGCCUGUGGCAAAAUCCUGAGAGCAGCCUUUGCUGAUUCUUGACAGAGUUUAGCUGCACCUGACUCAGAAUUCAGUCACUUAAGUCAUGGAAGGGAUCGUUUAUAUUCGGAGAAAGCACAUUUGUCUUUGCACUGUUCAAGACACAAGAUGUUUGCACUCUUGUGCCACUCCAAGCUCUCUCAGCAGAGCAACACCAUCAACGCUGCACCUCUAAUUUUCAUACGCAACUGUGGUUUUAUGCGCGGUUUAAAAUGACCCACAUAGAAAGAAAGAAGUGUGCAAAAGAAAGACCCCGACCUCUUGUUGACGCUCCAAACCUGACCUUUGCUGUCAGUGACAACUCACCCAGAGAAAACCAUCAACCUUCAGUUUUCCGUUCCCAUUUAAACCAGAGCAGCUUUCUUUGCAUAAAGAGCAGGAUGAACCAGGUGAUAAAUGAUCAUCUUUGUAUAAUCGUGUUUUUUUUUAUCUUAUUGUGUAACUGCUCUAAUAUUGUGGGUGAAAGUGUGUCCCUUUCCUAAAUGGGUUGGCCCAGAUCAGAAACAAGGUGAGACUUGACUCCCUGUGGUGUUACAUCAUCCAUGGCCCGGGAACCCAGCCGUCUCCCUGCGGCACCAACAGCACCACACGGACAUCUCAGUUCUGUGAAAGCAGGACAAACUCUCUAAGAACAAAAAAGAGGCAGAAUUAUUCAACACUGAGCGAUCGGUUUCUGUCGACACUGAUGAAACGUUUUAAUGCUCUUUAAGAGGGAAAGUGUCUUGCCUCCUGACCCCUGCAGAGGUGAGGGGUCACACAGUAACAGAUUAGAGAUUACCUUUAUUAUUAUUACUGUCUUGGUCAAGGACGAUCAGGUAAACAGCUGCACCAGUUCACAAUCUUGUGCAAACAGGAGCGUGAACACAGUUUCUGCAAAGUGAAAGGUGAAAUUUUGACUUCUUUCUAGUCAUUCAAGGUUAGGGGGAUUGUCAGUGCAAUGGGGUAGCAUCUGAAUCGAUGCUUAAUUUAAAAAAUUUGAUUACGAAAGUAUUUGAAGAAAAAAAUACCUUUGGUUUUUGAAAAUAUAUCUAAUUGACGUAAAUAUUUCUGAAGAAAUUCUAUUUGGAGAUCAAAUUUUGCUUGGAAACUUGGGAUACACUUGAGGAAUAGUUUCUGCGAACACCAUCUUGCUGUGAGGAAAAGUAGGAAAUAAGAUUGACUUUUAUGUUUGUGAGUUAUUAAGUAUGAAGUUAUGACUAAAAGACAACUUAGCCUCGUUAAAACUAACUUUGACAACAGAAUAAAACAACAAGCUUGGCUUUUUCCCCAACUGUUUGUUUUACUGAAGUCUUUGAUAACCUGGAAUCCAAUGAAACCAGAUUUUCCGAGCAAAAGAAGGGGCCCUUGAAUCAUACACAGCGCUAAAGUUGAAAGUAGUAUAUUAAAUGAAAAGGCGGGCGAAUAAUAGGAUAACUGAAGGCAAGAAUGUGAUGAUAUUUCCACUUUUAAGUAGUCAUUAAGUGUUCGUGUAGAUCAAGUCUUCAGCCUGUUUUAUUUUGUGUUUGCUAACAGGCUGUGUAGGCCGCAUACACCUGUAAGCUCUGUUAGCCGUUAGCUAGCGGUACAGCUAGCUAAAACACUCCCGGUACGAUUCGCGCUUCACGACCAACCCUGUAUGAAAUUUAAUGUUAAGGUCCAGGUCUUGGUUUAUAUAUUUUACUUCUAAUGCGCUAAUUUACAGAAUAAAAUAUUGAACGCCGUCAGUCUGCCAGUCGUGGUGAGAUGGAGCUCAACGGUUGAUCUGCGUCCGUUUGUCGAUGUAACGUUCACGAAUGAGUCAGUCGUUUGAACGGCUCUUUUUUUAAGUGAACGAUGUGAACCGGUUCACAGUGGCGAGCUGUUUGUUUGCGAGCCGUUCUGCCCACGCUGCGUCUUCUGUUGUAAGCCGUGUGCCCUAAACGCCAGGUAGGGUAGGACAAUUUUGCAUUCACAUUGUUUUCAUGUCUUAAUUGUCAUCACUUAAAUGUAGCCUGUGUCGUUUUGUGACAUAAAUUAACCAUAUUCUGAACUAAAAUUAAGUUUAAUUUGUGUUUUUUUUCUGUUCGGGUUUAAGAGAAAUGAUCAUUUCACAUUCUCUGCAAUAGUAAAUGAAUAGAGAGGGGAGGUGUAUUCCCGCUUUUCUCUCUGAUGCCGAUCACAUCCUCAGUUACUCUGUCCCUAUCACUUACUGCAAGUGAUUCAGAGUAUGAUGGGAUCGUCUAAUCAGUGUAACAUUUAACACUCUGUACGCCUCGUGUCAGGACAUUAGAGUUUAAUUGCACGUUCAGUCCAUGAGUGAAAAGUUCUUCAAACAACUCAGAACCAAGAGAGAGUACAUUGCAACCCACAGCAAUGCAGUCGCUGUGGGUUACAGUGCACUCUCUCUGUCUCUCUUCACUCUCUGUGUGUGGCUUUGUCUCAUACGCUCCGUCCUCGCUGGUGUUCGGCAGCUUCUUCGUUGGUCAAAAGUUUGGCUAACUUUAGCAGGAAGACCGAACUCUUAUCUCAGUGCAACAUUAGCAACACAGUUGUAUCAUGCAAAGGAGGGUAAACGACCAACAUGAUUAAACACCUCAGGAUUCAUGGAGGAGAAAUAUCCGAGUGCUCGUCUUUGACGCGCUUCGCAGGUGUUAUGCCGUAGAAUGCACCCCUGUUGAAAGUACUUAACAAGGCGCAAUAAUCCAAGUUUUUCUUACCGUUGAUCUAAAGCGUGUGCCUUUAAUGAUUUCAUUCAGGCUAUUCAGAUAUGCCGAAAACAAUAGCCCUCUGAUUCGGAAUAUUUACUGUCCCGAAAAUAUAAUGUUCUCUACCUUAACAGCUUACUGUACAGUUUAUAUACCCAAGUACACCUCUAUGUGUGCAUUUUUGAGACACAUAAAAACAAAACGAAAGUUUACUGCUCCAUUUGACAUGUUGUCAUGAUCUAAUACUCGUGUUUUAUUAGAUAUGAGAUCAUAUUUCUUCCACUUUAAGAAGCUAAUGAGUGGAGGGGAGGCAUUCUACGGCAGGGGUGCAUUCUACAGCACAACACCGGUCUUCCGCUAACCAGUCAGGAUCAAGUGAAACAAUAAAUUACUUCUGUCCUCUGCUAACAUUAAAGCGGCAAACAAAUUGCACUGUGUACGGUGGGUCAACUUAACUAUCCAACUAACGUUAGCCCUUGUACUUUUUCAUAGACAAACGACCUGACAACAAAAAUUGAUAUUUACAUACUGGUUGAAAAUAUCCCUGUGAGAAACUCAUAGUAAAGUUCUUAAAAAGUUUAUAGAAUUUUUUUCUAUAUCCUGCCUUUUAAAAGAAUCGAAAAAAAGAAUCGAUAGGAAUCAGAAUUGAAACGAGGAACUGAAAUCAAAAUCGGAAUCGUUCAAAAUCAAACGAUACCCAACCCUACAUAAAGAUAUAGCAGAAAUAAUGCUCAGAUAUAUGCACAGUUCUGCUUUUAUAAGGUCAGUUAACUGUGGCACAGUGCAGAAUCUUUUUUUUCCCUCUGAAAUGUACAAAGUUGUUUGUCUUUUAAGAGGCUUUUAUCACUGACACACAGAGCAGAGUGUUCAUAUUACUCAGCCGCCUGCCACAACAGUUUGUUCCACAAAUUAAAAGUUGUCUCCUUUAAUAAAGACACACAGCCACAGCUCAGGAGGUUACAGAAAACAAGUCAUCAAACAUUUGUAACUUCAACUACGAUAAACAUCGAUUCAACUUUGAACUGUAGUUUCACAUCCAAAUAGGGAAAGAUUCGCAUUUGAAGAAUAACAGUGAACAUGCACAUUUUAGCACAAGUAUGGAGGAUCUUCUUCACUGAGAGACUCAAGUUGUGAGAUUUUUUAAAAAGAGUUAGUGGCAGUAAGAGAUGAGGAAAUAACUAAGAGGAGGAACAUUUUGAAAUUGCAAAUGUGUUUUCAAAUCCAACAAAAAGUUCCCAUUAUUUUAGCCAAAAACUGUAGCUGAAAGAGCAGCUUAAUCUUUAUAUUUGGUCUUCGUCUUGGAAAGUAAAAGGUGGUAUUUUGGCUUAAGGCGGUGACUUGGAUCCACAUUGGCAUUUUAUUUUAUAGACGACCACUAAUUGAUUAAAACAGGGAUUUCUUUUGGCGCUAUGAUUGCUUGUCUUUCUCUUUACACCACUUUGUCACACCUUAUGUCCCGCCCACAACACUCUCUGAUUGGCUAGACCACACACAACAUUAUACAUGAAAUUUGAUGUUUCAGUUUUGAUUAAAUAUUUCAUGGGCGCAUUUAAGCAAAGUUUUGCAUUUGAGUUUGUAAUAUCCCAAAGUCAAGAUUCAGACCGAAAAGUUUUUAAUUUUAGUGUGAAUUCAUAUUGGUUCCAAAUAUCACUUAUCAGUCUCAUGAAUCAUUUAUAAUCUGUAUCGGUAUCAGCACUGUAAAACAAAUACUGUUUGACUUUGCGUGUGCAUAACAAUCCAGAAAACAGAAAGGGCGUUGUGACCCUGCUCAGAAAUUAAACACACUUAUCACACUGUGUAUAACCUCGCAGAAAGUGUCUGUAUUCAUGUUGUUUUUUCUCUUUCUAGUAUCUUUGUGUUGAAAAUGUUUAUCAGUGUUCUCCAGCACAGUCUGACUCUGACCGUCUCUCUCCUCCGCAGCCGUGGUGGAUCUGAACGGGCGCUAUUUUGGCGGGCGAGUCGUCAAGGCCUGCUUCUACAACCUCGACAAGUUUCGUAUUUUGGACCUGGGCGAGCAGGUGUGACACCAGGCCCCCCACUGAAUACAUCAUUACCCUCUCACUUGUACAUAUUGAACCUUUUUUUUAUAUUUCCAGAAGAAGCAGUGAAGCGUGCGUCUGUAGUGAAGAGACAUCAUGUAGAUUAUUGGUGCGAUGCCUUUAUGUCAAGACAAAAUAAAAGGUAACAUUGAUGUCCACUGA